AUGGCGGUCGUCGUGCGCGAAUUUGCAAAGUCCGUAAUGAUCAUCGAAGCCAAUAGCUGUGAUGAUCAUGGGGGCCCAUCAGACGAGCGACGUCGUCAUCUGAAGAAGUCAUUCGGCUUCGAAUGUGAUUGCAGCAUCUGCUCCAGGCAACCUGAUGAACUACAACAGAGUGACGAGCGACGCCGCCAAAUUCAACGCCUCGACGCUGCGAUCGGUAAUGGGCUCCGGGUCAUGCAUAGCCCCAAAGACUGCCUCAAAGACUGCCGAGUACUUCUCCAAGUUCUUGAGGAUGAGUAUGAAGGUAGUCCAGGCGCCCAUCUUGCUAGACUUUACUAUGAUGCUUUCCAGAUCAGCAUCGUGCACGGCGAUCAGGCGCGGGCUAGUGCUUUUGCGGAGCGGUCAUAUAGAGCAAGAGUGGCGUCUGAGGGAGAGAACAACCCGGAAACAAAAAGGAUCCACAAGCUGAUGGACGAUCCAACAAGACAUGCAAAUUUUGGAUUGUCAAUGAAAUGGAAGUGUUUGAAGGACCAGGUGCCUCGGGGGUUAGGUUCGGAUGAGUUUGAGAAGUGGCUAUGGAGACAGGGCAAAUAG